CUCAUUUUCAAUUUCUCCUUGCAGACCUGAUGAAUUUUCCGGAUUCAAAGCACUGAAAUAGAGUGAGGACGGGUACAGACACUGUACCCUACUUUACCUAAUUCUCACUCAUAUCAAUAUCUCCCACCUCUGAAAACCAAUGGAACGGUCUAGUCAGUUAGUGUAUAUUGUGAUUAUUAUAACCAAAACAUCCAAUGUCAUGAGGCUUCUCCACUGCUCCAAUUUUUUCCACGUGUAACUUAACCUCAUUUGAUGAUUUCAUGAAAGACCAAAACAAGCCGAAAACCAGAGAAAAUGUCGAAGAAAAAGCGAGAAGAUGCUUGGGAUUCAAACGGCCUCCAAGAUUGGGCCUCUUACAUGGCAGCGAAAAAGUCCAAACUCGAGGACCAAUUUGAACAAUUAGCACAAGCUGAAUUCCAAGACGCCACAAAUCUCUUCAGAGGGAUCGCCAUUUUUGUCAAUGGCUACACUAAUCCCUGUGCCGAUGUAUUGAAACGUCUGAUGAUGGAGCACGGGGGCGUUUACCAUACAUACCAACGUUCUAAUAGCACAACACACUUGAUCGCCUCUAAUCUACCUUACUCGAAAAUAAUCCAGUACAGGAAGAGUAAGAAUCCGCUGCCUUUAUGUAAACCUGAGUGGAUUACUGACAGUAUAAAAGCUAAAAAAUUAUUAGAUUGGAGACCGUAUUUAUUAUACAACAGUACAUCAGUGACUCAGCCUCAAUUGCAACUGAUAAAUGAAGCUAAACACUUUAAAGAAGAUGCAAAUCUUGAAAAGUCAAAAACAAAAGAAGAUCCACCAACUUCAACCAAACCACAAGAUCCAUCAGUCAAAUUCUCUGAACCUCCGAAUCAUAAAAAUGGGCAAGAAAAAUCUCCAAUACUUAAGGAAGUUCAUUCAAAACGCGGGGGGACAGCUCUAUGUUCAAAAGACGAAGAAUUCCUCUCAGAAUUCUACAACAACUCUCGUCUCCACCACAUUGCAACGAUGGGAGCAACAUUUAAAGAGUAUGUCAACGAACUUCGAUCAAAAAAUGAUGGAUCUUUCCCAGGUUUCGCUCGUUUAAAAGCUCUGAACACAAAAAAAUCAACUCGAAUACCAAAAGAACAAAACGAAGACCAGGACCAGGACUCAGACUCUGAUGAAGACUUAUUUUUCCAGAAACGCUCAAAACGUCAAAACGAAAAGGAAUCUGUGAUAAUGCACAUCGACAUGGACUGCUUCUUCGUCUCAGUAGGAUUACGGAACAAACCGGAGUUAAGAGGUCAUCCAGUGGCUGUAACUCACGCAAAGGGCAACAAACCAUCAUUAAAGGGAAGUAAAGAGGACGAAGAGUUUGGUUCUAUGUCAGAGAUAGCAUCGUGCUCAUACGAAGCGCGAAAAGCAGGCCUAAAAAACGGAAUGUUCCUGGGACAAGCCUUGAAACUCUGUCCAAAUUUGAAGACCAUAAAAUACGAUUUCGAAGGAUACAAGGAGGUCUCUUAUACUCUUUAUGAUACAUUAGCUUCAUAUACACUGGACAUUGAGGCAGUCAGCUGUGAUGAAAUGUACGCAGACGUUUCCAAUAUCCUUCGUGAAUCGGAUCUGACCCCUGCCGAGUUUGCUGCCAUCAUCAGAGCUGAGAUCAAGGAAAAAACAGGAUGUCCAGUGUCAACAGGAUUCGGUAGUAAUAAAUUGCAGGCAAGAUUAGCUACCAAAAAAGCGAAACCUGACGGACAAUUUUAUUUAAAGAAUAAAGAUGUUGAGUCUUAUAUCGGGACAAUUGGGAUUGGGGAAAUUCCGGGGGUUGGAUGGUCCACUAUGCAUCAGUUACGUAAGAUGAAUGUGGAAUUAUGUAGGGAUUUGCAAAAAAUUGCUUUGGGAGUUCUGCAAGAGAAGUUUGGAAAGAAGAAUGGAGAAAUGUUGUUCAAUACUUGUCGAGGGAUUGAUCAUUCUAAACUCAGUACAGAACAUGUGAGGAAAUCGGUAUCAGCUGAAGUUAACUAUGGGAUUCGGUUUCAGAGUGAUAAUGAUGCUAGGAGAUUUUUAAUGAAAUUGGCCAAGGAAGUUUGCUCAAGGCUAUUGAAUGUCAAUGCCAAAGGAAGAUGCGUGACGCUGAAAUUGAUGGUGAGAGCGAAAAAUGCACCAGUAGAUCCUGCCAAGUUUAUGGGACAUGGGUUGUGUGAUAAUUUCACCAAAUCGAAAAAUUUCAUGACGCCUGUUGACGAUGAGGACAUUAUCAUGAAAGAUGUUCUUCUUCUUUGGGAACAAAUGCAGCAGCUGGCUCAUGAGAUACGAGGAAUUGGUAUACAGAUUUCGAAAUUAGAGAAUUUAAAAAGUAAAUCAGUCAGUAACAAUCUUAUGGAAUUUAUUGCAAGAGGGAAAAUAGUAGAAAAUACCAUGAAACCUCAAGAGGAAAUAAAAAAAGUUGUUAAUUCUGAAAAUAAAACUUGUAUUUAUGAAGCAAAAAAAAAUGUACAGACAAAAAAACCUCAGGAUCUCAAGGCGUUCUUCUCCUCCAAAAAACUACAAAUUGAAAAUCAAAAAAAAAAAACAAAUGCUGUAGUACUAAAUUCAAAAAUUGAUGAAUCUGUUUUGGCAGAACUUCCAGAAGAUAUUAGAUUAGAAAUUCUAAAAAUGCAUAACCAUGAUAUUAAUUUUAAAAAUCCGUCUAAUUCCGAGAAAUCAAAUUCUCAAAAAUUGAGUACCCAACCUGGGGAGAAUGAAAAUCCCCCAAAUGGAAAAUUUCUGCCUUCAUCCAAACUGAUUGAUGAAGAUGUGUUGAUUGAACUUCCUGAAGACAUAAGAAACGAGGUUCUCGCUUCAAAACCAACGGUAAAAAAAACGCACAUGAAUGCAAUAAACAAUUACUUCAAGAAUAAAAAAAGUGGUACCUAUUUUAAAGCGAAAAUGCCCACCAUGCAGGAGCUAGAUAUGCAAGUGUUGACAGAAUUACCUGAUGAUAUUAGAAACGAAAUAUUGAAUGAGUACCGAGUGCACGAAAAUGAACCUUCGGCUGAUAGGGAAAAUCUAACGCAGGAAUUACUUCUUCAAGAAUCAAGAAGAAAUGUGGGGAGCACUAAAAACAAUAAAAAUACUAUCGAAGACUUGAAUUGUUCCUUUCCCCAAGUGGACCCAGAGUUCCUAGCAGCAUUGGACAACGAGACUCGGACUGAUGUGAAGAAAUACUGUUUAGCGAAAAAAAAUGAGAAAGAAUCGAAGCUAAAGAAUAUGGCCAUCGAGAAGCCGCAGAAUGCUAACGAUACAAAGCCGAAAAAACGGGGAAGAAAGCCGAAAGCUCUUACUCUAAGAACGACAACUAACAAAAAUUCUAACGCCCCUCUCUUUGUUAAGAAAAUAUCAAGUGAAAGAGGUAGUGACCAGCCUGAGGCCCGAAAAAAGAGUCACAGUUUCUUAGAAAAUGAAAUGAGUAUUUUAGAAGAUAGGCUUGUGAGUAAUGAUCGAGGAGAACAGAUUACAUUUUAUCGCUACAAUUCAUAUAAUAAUAGUGUCAAUAAUUUGAAUAAUGAAGUGAAGACUGAACAGCAGCAGAUGUUGAAUACCCUGGUGAAUUACCUCUUCAGUCUUCCAUUACAACAGGUGAAGAGACAAAUACAAACAUGGAUAAAUAAUUCAGAUCACGUCAACGAGAUCGAUUCGUUAUCUAUAACAACUUAUCUCAGCAUGCUGCCGAAAGAAAAACGAAUUGAAGAUCUACACACUUUAAUGAAGACCAUGCAUAGAUGUAUGACCGAGACUGGAAGUUGCGUUUGGCAUGGAACCUAUAGGAAAACGGUUGAACACGUUCAACAGUGUAUGCAGAUUGAGUACAACAGCAAUCUAAUGUUACCAGCAAUCAGAUGCAACCUUCGCCAAUGCAAAAGUGAUCGUGUGUGACAACGUAAUUUUUUUAUAUUGCGUUUUUUUGUUGGAUUUCUUGUUUGUUUUUUUUCUUCUCUUUUAU